AUGUCAAGAUUGGAUAACAAAAUUGUACUCAUUACUGGUGCUGCAUCAGGUAAUGGAGAAGCAACAACAAGAGAAUACCUGAAAAAGACUGAAGGUAAAAUCAAAUUAAUAUUAAUUGAUAUUAAUGAAAAUAGAUUAAAAGAUUUGAAAAAUGAGUAUUUGCAAAAAUACACCAACUUAACAAAUGAUGAUGUUUAUACAAGUUAUGGUGAUUUAUCUAAAUCUGAAAAAAUUCAUGAAUUUUUCCAAAAAAUACCUAAAUCAUUGAUUGAAAACUUGGAUAUCCUUAUAAAUAAUGCAGGUUUAGCAAGAGGUUUAGAAAAAGUUGGUGAAAUUGAUCAAAAAGAUAUUGAUUUAAUGUUUAGUACAAAUAUUUUAGGUAUGAUUACAUUAACUCAAUUGAUUGUUCCAAUUUUCAAGAAAAACAAUAAAGGUGAUAUAAUUCAAUUAGGUUCACUUGCAGCAGAAGAUCCAUAUCCUGGUGGUUCAGCUUAUUGUGCAACAAAAGGUGCAGUUUCAACAUUCACCACUUCAUUAAGAAAAGAAUUGAUUAACUAUAACAUCAGAGUUUCAUUAAUUGAACCAGGUAUUAUUAGAACAAAUUUCUCAAAUACAAGAUUUAAUGGUGAUGAGACUAAAGUUAAUAAUGUAUACAAAGAUUAUGAACCUUUAAAUGCAGAUGAUAUUGCUGAUUUAAUCAUUUAUAUCACUUCUAGACGUGAAAACUGUUCAGUUAGUCAAGUUGUGAUUUUACCUACACAUCAAGCAACAAUGAGUGAUAAGGCAUACAGAUGA